GGGCUAUUCGGUACAAUAGCGCUGUUGUGCCGUGUUAGUGGGCCGACUGACUGCAAGCCCCGGAGGAGAACCUCCUCAAAAAACACUCAAUUUAACCCAUUACCACGCUCAAAUACUUCUCAUUUUGUGGCUACACGCAGUGUGCUGGACUCUGGACGUCGUACGGGUGUGAUAAAGCGGACCUCCCAGUGCUUAUAUUUGAAGGGAUGAAAUUAAUCACUUGAGUGUCCGUCAGAGGAAGCCACUAGCAUGCUUUUCAACUGGAGAUUUAUGGAUGUGACAGGAUGAAGCGUCUCAGGACCUCCAGCAGCAGCGACACUUCUGACAAUGAGAGUCCCUCGACCUCCUUCUGCUCCAACAAGUAUGGCAGCAAACCGGGCACCCCCGCCGCCGACCCUAAGAAACCGGCUGAAGUGUUCCGAAAAGACCUGAUCAGCGCCAUGAAACUGCCUGACUCGCACCACAUCCCGCCGGAAGAGUACUACCUGCUGGCCGACAGCUGGAAACAGGAAUGGGAGAAAGGGGUUCAGGUUUUGGCAAGCCCGGACACCAUCCCACAGGCGUCAGUCAGGAUCAUAGCGGAGAAGUCCAAGGAAAUUCUGUAUGGCCACCAGAAAAAGUACAUCCAGUGCUCUGCGCAGGAGUCCUCUGAGCUGGGCUACGUCAACAUCAAGGAGCUGGCGGAGGCCAUGUGCCGCUACGACCUUGACGACGUCGACCUCUACUGGCUGCACACGCUCAACAGCCAGCUGCUCUGGAUGGGUGAGGACCCAGUGGACGAGCUGACGAUGGAGCGCACCAUGGAGGCGCUGGAGGGCCAGUGCCACGACAACAUGAAGCACGCCAUCGAGACGGUGGAGGGCCUGGGCAUCGAGUACGACGAGGACGUGGUGUGCGAUGUGUGUCGCUCGCCCGACAGCGAGGAAGGCAAUGACAUGGUUUUCUGCGACAAGUGCAACAUCUGCGUUCACCAGGCCUGUUAUGGAAUCGUCAAAGUGCCCGUCGGGAAUUGGCUGUGCCGCACGUGCGUGCUGGGCAUCGACCCGCAGUGCCUCCUGUGUCCCAAAAAGGGCGGGGCCAUGAAGGCGACGCGCGCCGGCACCAAGUGGGCGCAUGUCAGUUGCGCCCUGUGGAUCCCAGAGGUCAGCAUCGCAUGCCCUGAAAGGAUGGAGCCAAUCACCAAAGUGUCCCACAUCCCACCCAGCCGCUGGUCGCUCAUCUGUAGCGUGUGCAAGAUCAAGACGGGGGCGUGCAUUCAGUGCUCGGUGAAGAACUGCACCACGCCCUUCCACGUGACAUGCGCCUUUGAGCACAGCCUGGAGAUGAAGACCAUCCUGGACGAGGGCGACGAGGUCAAGUUCAAGUCGUACUGCCUCAAGCACAGCAAGCCCAAAGUGCCAGGCGAAGCGGGCCUGAGCCCGGCGCGCGCCAAGCCCCCGGCGCCGCCCUCCGACUCGGUCAAGGUGGGCCUACGGGCGCAGCGGCUGCAGGAGCUGGAGGAGGAGUUCUACGCGCUGGUGCGGCCGGAGGAGGUGUCGCGGGCCGUGGGGCUCUCACAGUGCCUGGUGGACUUUGUCUACCAGUACUGGAAGCUAAAGAGGAAAAGCAACUUUAACAAGGCCCUGCUGGCACCCAAGGAAGACGAGGAGAACCUGGUGCUGCAGCCACACCAGGACAGCAUCCACACGCGCAUGCGCAUGUUCAUGCACCUGCGACAGGACCUGGAGAGGGUGAGGAACUUGUGCUACAUGGUGAGUCGACGGGAGAAGCUCAAACUGCUCCAGAGCAAAGCCCAAGAGCAAAUGUUCAACCUGCACGUCACCCUCAUGAGCCAGGAGAUCUCUGCUGGCCUUGCUGCAUCCUUCCCGGUGGAGAGUGUUCUGUUCCGGCCUCCUCCCAGGAUCACACUGAAGCUGAAAAUGCCCAAAGCCUCCAGCCUGGGAAACUGCCACACCGCGUCCAAAACGGCCAACGGGCCUCUCUGCCCGGACAACAGCGGAAACGUGUCUGAGCGAGCCAGCGAGGGCCUGGGCCAGGGCAAGCCUCAGCUGCACGGGCACGCCCGGCGGGAGGAGCGCGCCAACGGCCGGGUGGCGGGGAAGCCGCUCGCCGGAAAGUCCAUGUCGGGGAAGCCCAUGGCUGGGAAGCUGCUGGCGGGGAAGCCUCUGACUCUGCAUCCCCCAUUGCACGGCCACUCCUCCAACGGCAAAGCUGAGCAAGAGCGCGCCUCCAAAAAUGGCCUCUUGGAGAAACUGGUCGCGCAGAAAGACAGCUCAUGCCAGACGCCAGGUGAGCCCGACGCGCCGAAGCAACCGCUGGACAAAGGCGCUUUCGGUAAGUCGGCCAUGGAACACUUCGGCAGGUCCUUCAAGGAGGCCACCAUGAACUUGGUACGGACCACUGAGGACAUGCGGGCCUCGGACAAGCUCGCCCGCAAGGAAAAACUCUGGCCCAAGCCAGUGCCGGCCAACAACACGCGCUUGUACCAUGACAGCGACGGCUACUGUCCCGACCUUGAGCUCAGCGACUCCGAGCCCGAGGCCAAGGGGAGGCACCGGCGCCAGGGCGGGCCUCCUACGCCGGACACCACCCGAAGGGCAACCGGUAGCGACCAGAAAGGCAGCGGUGGCGGGCGUGGGAGACAGUCACUGGGAACCGCCUCGCAUUGCGUACGAAGGUGACAACAGACCCGCUCCGUGAGAAGACGCAAUUAGCGUGCUAAGCAGUUAGCGCGUUUGUACGUAGCACAACUUUUUACUGAACAGCGCGGCACUCCGUUCCUCAUCGCACAGCUGGAUGUACAGUGUUGUAAGAAACGGACCAAACAUUCCAAUACAAAGUGAGAACACCCACCUGGGACUCGAGCUGCUGAUGUCACUCCCUAGGCCACGCCUCUCAAAAGCACACAUCAACACAGUGUUUCUCUCCAAGGGUGACAGCCUGAGUCAAUUCAUCUUAUUCCUUCACUUCAAUACUGUCUCUUGGCACAAAGAUGGCAGCAAAUCGGGAUUUUAAUACUAAGGCCAGAACACAAAAACAGCAAGUACGUGAACUUUUCAGUCAAUAGUCAAAACAAAUGUCCUAUUUAAUUUUUUUUUUCUUAAAAAAAAAAAAGUUGCCUUGAA